GUUGACAAGUUUGAAAAACACUGUCCUACUCAGACUGUGCGGAAGUUACUGGAGCAAAGACGACAACACCAAGCUGCUCUGAGCCAUAACGCUGGACCCCUGAUCCCUUCAGGAGCUUUAGAAGCCAACUGGCCAGAGCCGCAUGGAACAAUAGAAAAAGGGGGAUCUACUCCAGGACAGACAACUCCUCAGUAUCCAGUUACUGCCUUUCCUGCCUGGCCACCAGAUGCCUCAAACCAAGGAGCUUUCUCUCCAGAUUUUCACUACCAGUGUGUGAACACUGCCAACGAUUACCACCUCCAGCCUCAGGGGAGCCAAUAUGAUGUGAUCAGCCCCUGUGCUCCCCUGGAAACCAAUAUUUAUGGAGCAUCAGGUCCUGGAGGUCCCGAGGAAGUGUAUGCUUCCAAGAUAACAUCAGCAGUAAAUUAUGAGAAGGCUGCCACUGAAGCUCAAGCUGUCCACCUUUAUCCGAGCUCUGAGAACCCCUGGCUGGAACAGGAACAAAAUAAUGCUUGUCUCCUCCUUCCUGGGAAUUAUCCAGACUUAUCUGUGGAUGUAGAUCCAGGGGAAUUGUCUCAAGCUCGGGCACAGAUCCAGAAUAUAGAGCUAUCUCACCUUUUACAGCAGGACGAAGAUGGCGACAUGCUCCUCCAUCUCUUUGUGGCUCAAGGACUCCGCCCACUGGCCUACGCUGCAGCUGAGAUGCUCCGAGAUUGUGGACAGCUGGAUGUCAAAGAACACCGGGGGAAGACUCCAUUGUUAGUGGCGGCUGUAGCCAAUCAGCCUAAGAUCGUGAAGGACCUGAUCUUGCUGGGAGCAGAUGUCAAUGCCAUUGACCAAAAGGGGCAGACUGUGCUGCACCUUGGCGCCACCUACGGGCUGCCCAGUGUCAUUGAGGCUGUCAUGAUGACCGGUGCUCCUGUCAAUGUGGAAGCCAGAAAUUUUGAAGGUCUCACUCCUUUGCACUGUGCCGUCAUUGCUCACAAUGCUGCCUUCCAGACACAAAAUAUGGAGCCCUCGUCCCAACAUCACCUACAGAACUUACUACUCUGUGUUCAGCGGCUUUUGCAACUUGGAGCUGAUUAUAAGAGCCAGGACUUGAAGAGCAGUAAAACCAUCUUGCAUUUGGCUGUUCAAGCUGCGAACCUGCCUUUGGUCCAGUUCCUCCUCAAACUGCCUGGACAAGAACGUCAGAAUUUUGUAAACAUCAAGGCCCAUGGCAACACUGCUCUGCACAUGGCUGCUGGUCUCCACGGCCACCCCUAUCAAGAACAAAUUGUGCGCCUCCUACUAGACCACUGGGCUGAUCCCAGUGCCCGCAACCCAGAGAACGAGCAGCCAGUUCACCUGUUGACUUCAGGACCAGCAGCUGAACAGCUACGUCUUUUGUUACGGAGCCGUCGCUCAGGCCCUGGGUUGGUGUAUCCCCCAUCCUUCACCUGA